AUUCCCAGUUCCUAUUCCCGGUUCCCGUUCCCGGUUUCCGUUCCCGGCUCGGAUCCCCGCGGUUGCCCCGGUUCCUGUUCCCGGUUCCUGUUCCCGGUUCCCGUUCCCGGUUCCCGCUCCCCGGUUACAUUCCCGGUUCCCGAUUCCCGUUCCCGGUUGCCGGAACCCCGCGGUUUCCCCGGUUCCCGUUCGCAGUUCCGUUCCCGGUUCCCAUUCCCGGUUCCUUUCCCGCUUCCGUUCCCGGUCCCGUUCCCCGUUCCCAUUUUCGGUUCCGUUCCCGGUUCCCGUUCCCCGGUUGCCGGUCCCGGUCCCGCCAUGCCCUCCGCGUACCCGCAGCGAGCCCUGACGGUUCUGCUGCUCUUCGGGACCUUGUCCGCUGCCAUGGCCCUGCUCUCCUCCAGCCUCAUCUUCCAGCUCCCGUCGGGCCGGGCCGCCGCCGGUACCGGGGCGCUCCCGGAGCCGGUGGCCGCCGCUCUGCUGCCGGUAUCGGCCGUGCUGGCCGCGCUCUGCCUGGUGCUCAACGUGAGCUGCCUCCUGCUCUGCCUCCUGCACGGCUACUGCAGCACCGAGCUGUGCCGGGGACAGCCCGGGAGCGAGCGGGCAGACUGGUUCCUCCUGGACAGCCGGAGCGUCCGGCACGCGGCCAUCGGCCUCUUCUGCUGCGGGGUCUGCCUCUACCUCACAGGCACGUGUCCCACCAGCAUUCCCAGAAUCCCAGAAUUCCCACCGUUCCCGGAAUUCCUGAAUUCCGUUUUCCCAGCAGUUCCUCAGGGUGUCCCAGAAUUCCCAAAUCCAUCCCUUUUUCCUGACAGCUCCUGA